CCGGCGCCAUUCGUCGUCGCUCCCGAUCGAAUCGGCCCCGUCUCCUCCUUCCUCCACCACUCUAGCUCAGUCCGUCCUCACCGCACCUGCAGUCCGUCAGCAGCCUCUCCUCUGCACUCCACCCACCAAGGCACCAACCCACCACUCGCUCAACCACCUCUCGCUCGAUCGUCUCUCUCCUCGCCCCUCACAACUCGCAAGAGCUUGCUGCCUCUCUCGGCCAAGAUCCAUCCCAAUCGCGCUUGCUAGCUCAGACGGCAGCAGCACCAGCAGCAGCGCACGCACCCGGGGGGAAGGGGCUUGCAUUAUUGGUUGUAAUGCCGGGGAGCGUGCCGCUGGGUCUGGGCCUGGACACGGCGGGGGUGCAGGUGCCGUGGUACUUCCGGUGCCCCAUCUCCCUGGAGCUGAUGCGCGACCCGGUGACGGUGUCGACGGGGCAGACCUACGACCGCGCCAGCAUCGAGUCGUGGGUGGCCACCGGCAACACCACCUGCCCCGUCACCCGCGCGCCGCUCGCCGACUUCACGCUCAUCCCCAACCACACCCUCCGCCGGCUCAUCCAGGAGUGGUGCGUCGCGCACCGCUCCAUGGGCGUGGAGCGCAUCCCGACGCCGAAGCAGCCCGCGGACCCGGACCUGGUGCGCUCCCUCGUCGCGCAGGGCCCGGGACUCCCCGCGCUGCGGAGGCUCAGGGCGCUCGCCAGGGAGUCCGACAAGAACAGGCUCGUCAUGGCCACGCACGAGACCAGGGCCGCGCUGGUGGAGGCCGCCUUCGGCUCCGGGGCCGAGGAGGUCCAGGCCGAGGCCAUGGCGGUGCUCGCGCUGGUGGGGCUCGGCGAGGCGGAGGCCGCGGCGGUGGUCGGGAGGGAGGAGAGGGUGGCCAGGCUCGGCAAGGUCCUCGCCGCCGGCGUCGGCGUCCCGCUGGAGGCGCGGGUGAACGCGGGCGCCGUGGCGGAGGCCGCGGCGUCGGCGUCGGGCGCGGAGGCCCGCGCCGUGCUGGGCGCCGCCGAGGGCGUCAUGGACGGCCUGGUGGCGCUGGUGGAGGAGAAGGCCAACGCCCGCGCCGUGCGCGUCGGGAUCCGGGCGCUGUUCGCGCUGUGCCUGGCCAAGGAGAACCGCCCGCGCGCGGUGGCGGCGGGCGCCGCGUCGGCGCUGGCGCGGCGCGUGGCGGAGGGAGGCGCCGGUGAGCCCGAGCGCGCGCUGGCGGCCGUGGAGCGGCUGUGCCGCGCCGAGGGCGGGCGCGACGCCGUGGUGGCCGGGGCCGGUGGCGGGUCCGCGGCCGUGACGGCGCUGGUGCGCGCCAUGUCCGGACGCGCGGCGGAGCACGCGGCGGGCGCGCUGGUGGCCGUGGUGGGCGGCUCCGAGGCGCUGCAGGUGGAGGCGGUCCGGGCCGGCGCCAUGAGCCAGCUGCUGCUGAUGGUGCAGGGCGGGUGCUCGGAGCGCGCCAAGCGCAAGGCGCAGCACCUGCUGAAGCUGCUCCGCUCCGCCUGGCCCAACACCGACUGCAUCGCCAACUCCGACGACUUCCUCCAACACUACUGAUCUGCUGAUCAUCAUCAUCAUCAUCAUCGUUAUAUUAAUUAAUUGGCCAUGAUUGGCGGCCCCCUAGAGUGUUCUUCGAUCUGUUCCCCAAGGCGGAAACUGAAGAUCAUUCACUUCAGGGGUAGGCCAAGUGCAGAAGCUUCUGCCGGCUUGUAUGGCCUUGCGACGCCGCGUGCGUCCGUGGGGCGCCGGCGCCGGCGUGUAUGUAUGGCGGGACCAGGACGGUAGCAGGACGGACGGAGAAUUUCUCUAGAAAUGUUUUUCCAGUUUUGUACGUACGUAAUGUUGGCAGGCAGAGGAUGGAUUCGUGAUUCAACUGAUUCUCGAUGGAUCAACAGUAGCAGUAAUAGCUAAGCAGGCAAGGCUACCGAUUCUUAUUCGCUCGUUUCCCUGCAUCGAUGAGUAUUUUUUGGCCGACUAAAAAUUGGGUCGUCGGUCGGAUGGGAAAAGAAAAUGUUUGUUUUUUA